AUGGCUGCCUCGUCAAAGGAAGAAAGCGCCAAAGCACCUCUCAAGGACGACAAAGACUUGCAGGAAAACGACAUCGAAUCAAAUGUCGUCUGUUGUUGGGGAUAUUCUGCUGCUUGGCGAGGGCUCCCUGCUUGUUCUGCUCCAAGCUGGACUGUUCGACCAUAUAUUCACUGGGGAUAUCGAGAUCAUCUGACCUUUAAGGAAUGCCUGGAAAGUCUUGCGUACUGUCACAAUGAGGUUGGAAAUAUUUACACGCAUCUUACGGCUAGCAUUCUUUUCCUGGUGCUACUGGCAAAUGACUCCAUGCGAAAUGACCUCAACUCCCACCAUCGUGCAGUGGCGGUGUUAUACGAUCUUGCAUCGAUCGUUUGUCUGGUCUCUUCAGGCAUUUUUCACCUCCUUGGCCCAGUGAGCAAGAGUGUGUAUGAGAACACGCUGAAGCUGGAUAUGACUGGGAUUGCCUGCGUGAUCGUGGCGAGUUUUCUUGUUGGCAUUCACUACGGAUACUGGUGUCAUCCAGCUCUCGGGCAAGCAUACUUCUGGAUUAUUGCCUGCUUAUCUCUGGUUGCCAUGAGUUGGCCACACGUCCCCUGGCUCUUCCACAACUUUAAUGCAAGCGUCGUUUUCUUUGCUUGCUUUGUAGCGUUUGCCCUGGUACCCCUACUUCACUGGGUACACCUAGUUGGUGGUCCAUCCAGCGAGCAGGCGCUUCUGUUCUUCUAUAAGCUUCUAUUGACCAUGUUCGCUUACUUUCUUGGAUUUCUGUUUUACAUCACCCGCUUUCCGGAGAAGAAGUUCAUCGGUCGUUUCGAUUUCGUUCUGCAUAGCCACCAGAAAGCAGUGCACGCCCUUGCUCUCAAAGUUUGA